UAGUUGUUCGGAUGGGAUGAAAAACCAAUUACCAAUUUCCAUAAAUUUGCUGGCGCCCAGCCUUCUGAAUCUUUAACUACGAGCUGGUUGAAUUUAAUAAGAAACUGUUCAAAAUUUGAUGUUUUGAUGAUGUGUUGAGUGUGGUAAUUUGAAAUAUCAUUAGAGAGGAGAAUGGACAGAGAGUGUUAACGUGAUAAUCGUGGAUUUAAUUUGAUUAUUUUAACUGUUUACAUAUGGUAGGUUGUCUGUGCUGUGGUAUAUAGGAAGACUGUAUACAUAAGCUCUAUAGGUGUUGUUUCUUCCUCUACAUGUGCUAGGUCUAGGUAAGACUGAUUCUAACUGUUAGACUAUAUACCAGCGUAUCACUAGUUGUUACUACAUCAUUGGUUCCAGAAAUACAAACACCACACUGUUUUGACAAGCAGCCAACUUUCGUCUGCUAAACACAGCACGACCAAGAUGAGUUCCACAUUAGAUAUAACUUGCCUGUCUGGCAGAAGGUAUGGAAGAUAGCGGCUACCCUACCAGUUUUUCUGACCAAGAUUUAAAAAUAUCAGAAACUUGUUCCAAACUUUCUCAACCUGAUGGAAUAUUCAGUCUUAAUUUUAACGAUCUUAAAACCUCACCGACUUAUUCCUACCUUCAGCAUGGCUUCGAGGAUGAAGAGGAUUUUGAGGAUUUCAAACAAGAACUAAAAGAUUUCCGACGAUUGAAACAUGAAGUGAAUGAGGAACCGCAGAAAUUUGAGAUAAAAAAUUUACAAAGGAACGAAUUAAAACGAUGUGAAAUAUCUAAUUUAUCAAAACACAGAGAUAAAGGUGUAAAAAACAGUUACUAUGACAACAUAGGACACGCAGAUUUUAGUGGAUUUCGCGAAUUACCAGUGUCACAUUUUCCUAACAGAACGUCCAAAAGUUCUCGCGAUUUUAAAAGAAUUUCCGACGCGUAUAAUCGCCGAUCUCGGAGUGUAGAUUUAGGAGAAACUGCACAUCUUUCUCAGGAGCUCUAUGAUCCUAAAUUCUCGAGUUUAGCGAGAAAAAAACUUCAGGACGAUUUUCAGGAUUUUAAACUUUCUAACUUGUCCGGAUUAUCGUGUCGUCGGAAACGAGAAAAGUACAAUAUGGAUCCUUUGACUUUUGACGAUCAUUUUCAGGAAUUUGAACGGGUAUACGAGACAAUCCACAGUCGUAGGACGUCUGAGGAUCUAGAGAAAUAUCGUCCAAUGGAUGAUUCGGACGACGAUGAUGAUGACGAUGAAGUGCUAAGUAAAGACAAACGUGGACGAUUGAUGCGACCGUCAAGUCGUUUCAGUUCAAAUUCGUCAUUAAAUGACGUAUUUUCAAUUGAUUUUGACGAAGCUUUUUCGGACUUCUUCAACACGGACGAAGAUUUUGUGGAGUUUGAACGUGAAUUUGAACGUAGUCGAUUGAAUCGUAGAUCUCGAACAGUCCAUGAUUUUAAACGUAUGUCGAGCUGUGAUAUAUUUAGUGAUGUGAAAUCCUACUGUGAUAGAAACAAGCCGUCUGUUAUCGUGGAAAAACGACCUUCGUUACCCUGUAACAUCCUUGAAACGGAACAGAACUUUCCGGGUUUACCGGACAAAAAGACUCGAGAUACGAGCAGUAUAAAUAUGUGGAACUCUUUAGAAGAUUGGGAUUAUGUGCUAAAUAAGUUAAAGCGAAACAGUCGAUUAUUUACCGAUACUUCUGAAUUCUGGGAUACGUGUCAGGGUACGAGUGGAUCUAGUCGAUCGGACAGAUUGUCCGUGGAAUGGUGUAUGUGUCGUAAACCUAAAGAUUGCCAGUAUACAUGUCAUCAUACAUGUGUGCCGUCAGUGACGUUAGAUUGUACGCCAGUAUCACCAACAGAAGUUCCAUCAACACCAGAUGGAAAUGCUGCGGAGACGUCGUUAUCUGAUCGUAAACCAGUCAUCUCCCCUCGACCUCCGAUACCUGCGAUAUUGGAGGAGAAAGUUUGUAAUCACAACAGUCAACAUCAAGAAGCCACGCCUUUAUUACCUCCUGAUACUGAUCAAACUAAUGAGAAUGAUGAAACAGACAGUGGUUACAGAUCAGGAACGAUACCUGACGAGAAGUUGCCCAAACAUAAAGGUCAAGCAACGUUAAAUCGCGAAGAAUUAAGAGCCAAAUUAUUAGAAUACAAUAAACAUGUUCCUUCAGCAGAUUUCGAACCUGAUGAAGGUACUGAAACAUUCCAAGGGUUUCUCAAGGUCACCCUAAAUUUCAUUCGACCAAUCACGAUGUCUCUAGGUGUUCGACCUCCGUCUAUUUAUGAGAUGUUAACGAAGGAACAUAUAGUAGAACAGAACACCCAGUCUAUAGCUUUCUAUAUGCCUAGAGAUACGGUAAAAUCCAUCCACACGUCAAGUUCUGCAACAACUAAAGAAGUUAUAGCUGCUUUAUUAAAGAAAUUUCAUAUCAUAGAUCAUCCGAGGAAGUUUGCUAUGUAUGAACAGGAGUUUGAUGGACAUAAAAUAGUGAAGUUACGUCGAGUUACAGAUAAAGAAUAUCCGUUACAUAUUUGUUUGAAUUGGGAUCCCGAACUUUUAAAACGAUAUCGUCUUGUAUUACAAGAAAAUGAAACGGGAGAAAUUGUGUGGGAUGGUUUCAGUUUGCCGGAGUUGAAUAAUUUCCUGAUCGUUUUAUCACGAGAAGAGAAUGAAUACAUAUCCCAGUUACAGUAUAAAUAUAAGAUAAUGCGGAGAAUCAUCACUCAGCGUCUUAAAGAAAUACGUAAAGAACGUAGACGAUUAUCGGGUGCUACUUCACCAACAGGAAGUUCAAGUCCUUCCACUCCUAAAAGUAGUUCGGGUGGUUUGACUCCACCGGCUAAUAAUUCUUGAUGUAAAGAGCGUAGUAAUAUGGUUGUGUUUCGGUGCAAGCUCACAAUAAUUUUCAUACAAAUUAAUUUAUUCCCAACAAGUAUUUAAUCGCGAUGGUAUCUGGACAACUCUAUGGAUGAAGGGGGUAGAAAACCUCACGACUACUGCGAACAGCCAUGUUGACUAAUAAUGAAUCUUGUAAAGUCAGAAGGAUUGAGAAAACCCCACGAAUAUAGUGAACAGCCGUUUACGUCAAGAUUUAUGUCAUAACAAAAUCAAUUAAGACAUUUCAUUAACGUCAUAUGGAUAUAGAUCUCUCAGUUCAGCUGGUCCUAGAUUAUGAAACGAACUUCCACAACAGAUCAAGAAUCAACAGACUUUUAAUCAAUUUAAAUCCGCACUAAAGACUUUCCUGUUUCGACAGUUUUACCAGUAGAGUCAUUACUAAAAGUGUUUUGAGCAUGUGUCAACAUGGAGAAGAUGCUAUAUAAAACCUCAUUAUUAUUAUUAGGCAAUUAUUUCUCGAAUGCUGUGAAUUGCCAUUUUUCGCUUGAUGAUAUUGUGGAUUGGAUUUACAUAUGGAACUUCUUUCUUUUUUGUAAAGAAAGAAAUUUUGACAACCCAUAUAACUCACUUUAUUAAGUUAAGAGUUACAUAGCUAAAGGAAGACUUUUCUGUUUGGAUAUUAUUUCGACUUGUUGUUACAGUAACCUGGGAAUUACCUGGAUUAUUUCAACCUGUGAAUUACCUGGAUUAAUUCAGUAUUACAGAUGUAGAACGAUUGUUUCAUUAACAUGGAAUAUCUUAAACACAUCUUAGAAAUUGGGCGUGGCUCUGUCCCUGGGGGUCGGGCUUGCACCAAAAAUAAUAGAGGUCAUCCUUAGGUUAUAAGGAUCUUAAACACCACUCAGAAAUCAAAUUGUGUUGGUUUGCUUGUGAUAAAAAAUGAAGGGACAAUUAUUAUAUGUUGAUGUAAAUGAAGAGAGUUUAAUGGACGUUUUAGUUCCAGCAUCUUCGUAGAAAUGUGAUGACGAGGAGAUUAAGACAUUUUAUGUGAUUUCUUCAUAGCUGUGUAGCGAUUCUGACAUUUUAUUUGUUUUCUGAGAAUCAACUUUUUUUUUUUUUUCAAGAAUCUUCAUACAUGUAGAGAUGUGGUGAUGAGGUGAUUCAGGUCUUUUUGGGCAAUUUCUUAGAAUUGACAUGUUUUAUUUCUAGUGUCGGAUAUAAGAUGAAGAGAGAUCCUAGACUAUUCCAUGUAUAAGGUCUCUCCCAAUCCCCCCACCCUCUCAACAAGAGGAAAAUAAAAGCCGAGAAUGUUGAAAAUGUUUAAGACUACGGCGCAUAACUGUAAGAAAUGCUUAUGGAUCUGGAGACCUAGGUAUUUUGUGAUUCAUGUGAAAGAAAGAUGUUUGUCAGCGAGGAAUUUCCAUUGAAGGAUUAAAAUGUUGCUGGCGAUACGGAUGAAGAUACAAUAAUGUUUUACAAUAAUUGUUACUUAAAAAAUAAGCACUAAAAUAAUUCAUUUUAAUGAAUCAUGUGAUUUUGUUAAAUUUAAGUUUUAUUGAGUUUUAAAUCUUAAAGCAAAUAUUUUCAGGAGAGAUAUUUAACACACUAGUUGAUGUUUUAUUUUCUCAUUAUUGUUCAUAUGGUCUAAAGAUAGACCAUAUAAGCUGUUAACAAAACAUCUCUCCAUUGGCUGUAUUUUAAGUAAAUGUUUAUAAAGCUACUGUCCAUUGGCUGUAUUUUAAGUAAAUGUUUAUAAAACUACCCUCCAUUGGCUGUAUUUUAAGUACAAGUGAAAGUAUAAUUGUAUUUAGUGAUGUAUAUUGGAUGAUUUAUUAACCAAGAUUUGAAGAGAAUCAAUAAAAACAAUGAUCUUUCUUAUGACAUAAUAUAAAACAGUUUAUCCAACUGGACACAGGCUCAAUUAAUUCUAAUUACAGAACAUUGCAAAAUUUCAACACUUGUGUCCGAACAAAUAAGGGGGGUUGGAUAGCCAAAUGGUUAGCGCUGUAUCAUACAGCCUGUUAUUGAUUCAUCUGGCAUGGUUUCCUGGUUGUACGUGACAAGGAGUAGGGUCGCCAGUCCAGCCUCGUGGGUUUUCUCUGGGUCCUCCGGUAUCCUUCCACUGCUAAAGACCCCUAUGCGCAAGCGAAUUAUUGAAAUAAAAUUAAACCAUAUGUUAGUCCCAAAAUGACCUAGUUUGUGUCGAGUGGAGUGAACCCUAAUUUCUCUCUCUCUUUCUCUCUCUCUCCGAACAAAUAACCAGUGGAACUUUGUGAGUGGGGUGAUCAACACAGUGGGUAGAAAAUGAUACAUUAUAUGGUUAGGGUUGAGUGGUUGUCUUAAACGCCAUCAAAUUCCAUCUGUGUUAACAUUUUCUUCUUCUGUCAGCUCGAGUCAAUCUAUCUGCUGCUUAUUCGUUAAGACCCAAGUGUUAAAACUGUGCGACAGGGGCCUAAAUGGAUUUAUUAAUGAACAUAUAAAUAUUUAUUUUACAUGGACCAUUUUAAAGACGUGAUAACCUGGUCUACAUAAUACUGUUUCCUAGCCUUGAUUAACAUAACUGAAAUGAUUUAAGAAAGUAUAAUUUAGAUAAGUUUAUCCAGUAUUGAAGUAUUUGUAUAAUAAAUGCAUGUAAUAUAGACAGACUAUUUUUGUGAAAUGACAAACGGCUAAUGAUUUAGUUACCAAGAUAUCUGACAAUAUAUCUAGCUACUAAAUUUAAGUGAGUUUUGGUGUUUCACAAAAUUGUCUUUGAUAAUCUUUCUGGUAGAAAUACAGAGUUGUUUGUAACGAUCCCGAUCGCAGGUGACACAAAGAUAUUAAACGGGGAGAGUCCUGGAGGGCUGAAGUCAUCCAGACGUGAUCUAACGAUCAGAUGUACAUGUAUUUACGGGGCCAUAAUCAAUGCUUAUUCACAUGACCUUGGCAUGUUUAAGCAUGGGUUGAAAACCACGACAUUGCACUGAAUAUCAGACGUUACGAUAUAUCGGUCAUCACAAACACUCUGUAUUAUACUAGGAAGAGAUAUAUUGUGCCUUGGUCAUAUUCUCGGGUAAUUUGUAAAUAAUACUACUAGUAAAAAAACAAUCAAACCCCUUUUAAAUAAUUGGUUUAAUCCUAGCUCACCACCUGCUGUACGUGUCCAAAACAUGCACGACUUGUAGGGCUUGGUAGCUCGCAGACCAGCCGCAAGAAACUGGGUGACAAUUUUGUUAUGGGUAGGACCAAAAGUCUCUAUGGCCAGUCUGCGAUCUUCUACGGUGACGAACAUAUGCAAGUCUCAAACACGGGUUUACUAAAAUUUCCCCUGUACUAGCAUGUACAGCGUGGCUUAAACCGUGAAAAAUUGGUUUUUGUUUAAAAAAUGACAGAGUGUUUAAACAGACCCUGAUGAAAAAUUCAAAUCAUGUUGUAGUAUGGUGACGCAAUAUGAUUAAAACACAGAUCAUGUUUUGUUUCGUUUUUUAUAGUUCAAAAUUUCGUUUUUUUGUCUUUAUUACACUAGGAUCUGGAAGAGUUGUUAUAUAACCCACGUUCUGGUUGAUGUGAGGGAUUAGCCAAUGAAACAGUUCGUUGCAGCGAGUUCUGGGCUUGCGAUUCAUGGAAUGGUUGGUAUCCCACUAGAAGCAUCUACGCUGAUUGAUUAAUCAAAUGUCUGACGUCAUAGGGUCAAAAGCCUCUGACGCGACCUUUUAUUAUAACUUGUCAGAUCUUCAUGUAGUGGAGGCCAUCGAAAGUAUAAAAAAACGAAACGGAAUAUAGAUCUUUUUGUACAUUAAAACUAGACACACAUCAGUUUAUCUGUAGUAUUGGUAAUUAUAUGUAGUUUUAUUGGUCAAGAGAGAGAUAUAAUUGGGUAAUAUAUUGACGACAUUAAGCAGAGUGUUGUUUCAAUAUAUUACGUAAUGUCUUGCUUGAGACCAUUAAACAAUUUAAACUGCAGAUACACUUUGAAUGAUAUUGUCACACGAGUGAAUGUUUCAUAUAAUACUGUACAAUUGAUACGCCAACAUCCAAAGAUGACGUCACAUUUGUACUAGAUAUUUUAUACGAGGCAUUAAGGGAUUUUUAGUAAGUUUGACACAAAAUGUAGGGACAAGACGAUUAUCUGUAAAUAAAGACUGAUGGGAGUAAAUAUGGAGUUGUCUCCCUUUCUAUGUGAUACACUGUACCUAUUACACAUACAAAGAUAAAUAACUAAUAUGGAGUUGUCUCCCUUUCUAUGUGAUAUACUGUACCUAUUGCACAUACAAAGAUAAAUAAAUAAUUAAUAUUAGUUAAUUAAUCAUGUAAAUAUAUUGACUCUAGUAUUUAUCAACAUAUUUUAAAAUAAAACAAAAAAAUGUUUCUGGAAUUGAUAUUAAAAUGCUUCCUCUUCGGAUGUACAUGUAUAUCGAAUUCAGUGGACAGUAACACUAUUUUAAGGAAUGGAGAUUGACGUAUUUCCAUCAGAGAUUGACGUCACAUCUGUAUUUUAAAUUCCAACUCAAUCAUAUAUGCUAGUCUUGACAGCUUGUCUUGAAAAUUAGUCAUGCAUAUUAUUCCUACGAUAAUUAUUACAUGUACUUGAUAGUCUUUCCGUAGUCUUGCUUAAAAAUAAGUCUUUCAUAUUUUUUCAGAAACUUAGUGUGAAUA